AUGUCUUCCAAUGCGUCCAUCCGUUCUAAUGUCUCCAACAAGACUGCCCAGCCGAUUCGUUACGGCUCCGAUCUUUUUAGCUAUGACCAACGGUCCUGCUCUAGCCAGAUCCUUCUCACUGGCGCAAACGCGCGUUCCCAGGUCGAAUAUGAUGAAUAUGUUGUCUAUCGGAAGUUAGAUGAUUCAUCUCCUGAUGCAGCGUCGGGUAAAUGUAGAUGGCCGCAACAUGAUGAUACUCAUAUAGCCCACCGCUAUAGUAGGGACCAUACCUCUGGAGCCGCCAUGUUGGACCUUGCCUUCAGGCAUGGCCAUCGGCUGGAUCGUAAUGGCAAUUUCACAGCAGCCGACGAUGAAAAUGACCCCCAGGAUGACUCCGUAGGGGGCAUGCUUGGCCGUGUUCGCAGAGUAAUCUGCUUCCGCCGCAGUUCUAAAUUGCAUGGUGCACCAGACCAACUCAGCAUGACUGCUGAAGAUCUCGCUGACCUUGAUCUCCAUCCGGCGACUUUGCAAUAUGCAACUCGGGUUGCAACGGAGUCCCGAUUUUGGUCGAGAGACCGCUCAGUGCUGAGCCUCAUUCUAUCUUUUUCAGAGACGCCACAGACCCCAUGUGACUUUCUUUCCAUGACAUACAAUGUUGAUACACAGUCAACGACAAUUCUGAUUAGGCAGUCAUGGGAGCCCCGUAGACACAGACUAGAUGAGCUAGAUGAAUAUGAUCAUCGUCUUGAGUCGUGCCGAGAUCACUGGGCACACCCUCUCGUCAUGCCUGUCAUUCUUUUGCAAGUCGAUUUUGUGCGCUGCGAGGAAGCGGUCGCCGAGAACACUCUAGACGUCAUUCAUCUAGAGCAGUUGGUCAUCGGUGCCCACGGGUCUGGGUCAGGCAUGGAAAAACUGUCAAGGCGACAUUCCAACCUGAGCAGAGAUGACAGCAAGAUUGACCACUAUGGCCCAAUGAACCAGACAAGUCUCAUGAGGAGGGCUCACGAAGUUCUCAGAGGUACUAUCAAGUUGCUUGAUACAAUUCGCUGGAUGGAGCGGGCUGUCAAAAUUUUGAUGCUCUCCGGGGAUGAGCUUUCUGACCGGGUUUCUGCCUUUGGUUAUGCGUCAUCCGUCAAGGACUUGAACAUGGGUGGUGAUAGGUUUGGGAACUUUGAGAGGCAGCCCUCGCCUCUGCCGACCCUUCAAGUUCCCGGCCUGGAACCCUUAUCCCCUGGUAUUGCCACCCCCUUCGCUUCCGAUAGUGCUGGCGAGCUCAGCAUCCAUUGGCAUGAGCUUAGGCAGUACCUGGAGGGUUUGCUCCGCCUGUCGAUGAGUUUGGAGACGGAGCGGCGUAUGGCUGAAGCCAGAUGCCGCGCCCAGAUCGAUAUCAUCUACAGUAGAAUGGCCCAAGAGGACAACGCGUUGAAUGCCCGGAUGGCGGUGGCAUCCACCAGAGACAGUGCUUCGAUGAAAGCCCUGGCCGUGAUUACAGCCAUAUUCCUCCCCGGAGAAUUCAUUGGCACUCUGUUUGGCAUGUCCAUGUUCGAUUGGUUGGCACCCAGCAAGGAUGAUGACAAGACCGCCGCCGCCAGCGCUCGUGAUGAGCCAGAGUCGGAUGAAAUACUGAGCCGCCAGUUCUGGGUAUACUGGACUAUUGCUAUCCCCCUCACCAUGUUCAUCAUAUGCGCCUGGCGAGCUUGGUGGGUUAUCCAGGAUCGAUACUUUCGUCGGCACCUAUCUAGGGAGCUCAGCGAGGAGCGCUUCUGGACCGAAGACGGAAAGCCCAGGAACCUGGAGCGUAGUUUUAUGCAUGACUUCUUCUAUCUUUCCGCACGGCGCGAUGAGAAGGUCUCAGUCCCUAGAGGCGUAGAAGGCUGGGCAGCCUCGAUGCCAGACAAGGACGGGAUGGAAGGGUUGACCCGAGUUCAGACCAGAGCUUCUGACACGAGGCAUCGCCAGAUCCUUACCGCAAGACAGACAAGCAUCAAGCUUACCUCUAAUACUGCUUGA